CCUGUCUGCAGAUGUAAGAAGUCGCGAUCGUGUUCUUUGGCCGUCGCGAUAAACUCGAUCCCUCUGCGUCAGUUGCCAUCUAGAAAUUUCGGAGCAGAUAGAGCGAAAUUUUUAAGCUUCUGUUCAAAUCGCAAGUGGAGAGCUGGAGAUGCAGCGACUUUUCUCUACCGGGCGAGCCGCCGCGAUCCUUGUCCGGAAUCAAUGGAGCAAUCGAAGGGCUUGCUUUUCGACCUCUCUCCUCUUCGAUGACACCCAGAAGCAGUUCAAGGAGAGUGUUGAUCAGUUUGCACAAGAAAACAUCGCUCCUCAUGCAGCCAAAAUCGAUGCUACGAAUCACUUCCCGAAGGAUGUCGACUUGUGGAAACUUAUGGGGGAUUUCAAUCUCCUAGGCAUCACCGCGCCAGAGGAAUAUGGAGGACUUGGCCUUGGUUACGCAUAUCAUUGUAUUGCAAUGGAAGAAAUUAGUCGUGCUUCUGGGUCUGUUGGCCUCUCCUAUGGUGCACAUUCCAACCUUUGCAUAAAUCAACUGGUGAGGCAUGGGACAUCUAUGCAAAAGCAGAAGUAUUUGCCCAAGCUAAUUAGUGGGGAGAAUGUUGGGGCUCUGGCAAUGAGUGAGCCCAAUGCUGGUUCAGAUGUUGUCAGUAUGAAGUGCAAAGCUGAUCGAGUAGAUGGUGGUUAUGUCAUAAAUGGCAACAAAAUGUGGUGUACCAAUGGCCCCACUGCUCAGACAUUGGUUGUUUAUGCAAAAACUGAUAUUAGUGCUGGAUCAAAAGGAAUUACUGCUUUUAUAAUUGAGAAGGGGAUGCCAGGGUUUAGUACUGCUCAGAAGUUGGAUAAACUUGGUAUGCGAGGAAGCGAUACAUGUGAGCUUGUCUUUGAAAAAUGCUUUGUUCCAGAGGAGAAUGUUCUCGGUGAAGAAGGAAAAGGGGUUUAUGUCAUGAUGUCGGGGCUUGAUUUGGAAAGGCUUGUACUAGCUGCUGGCCCUCUUGGACUUAUGCAGGCAUGCCUUGAUGCGGUUAUUCCCUAUGUUCGGCAGAGAGAGCAGUUUGGCCGUGCAAUUGGAGAGUUUCAGUUUAUACAGGGGAAGUUGGCUGACAUGUACACCUCCUUACAGUCCUCUAGGGCAUUUGUGUAUUCUGUUGCUCGGGACUGUGAUAACGGAAAUGUUGACAGAAAGGACUGCGCUGGGGUUAUUCUUUUAGCUGCUGAAAAGGCUACACAAGUUGCCCUCCAGGCUAUCCAAUGUCUUGGUGGCAAUGGGUACGUGAAUGAGUACCCGACAGGUCGUCUCCUGAGAGAUGCAAAACUAUUCGAGAUCGGUGCUGGAACUAGCGAGAUCAGGAGAAUGAUCAUUGGUCGUGAACUCUUCAAACAAGACUAACAGCAAAAUCAACUUUCAUAUGAUCGCUGCAAUCGCUUACAAGAAAUUCCUGCUCAGAAUAUGCAGAAUGGAAUUGGGCUCUCUUUGUAUCUGCCUCUUUUCCUCAACAAUUGAGAUGAGUACUUGUUGUAAUAAACCAACGUGUUUUAUAACUUCUUUUAGAUUAUUUUGAGCUUCAGUUCUUAA